AUGCCCAGCUCGGCCUCCCCGCUGGAAGGGCCCUUUCCCGCCCUGGGGGGGCUGCUGGGGGUGAGCCCCCCUUGCAGCGGCUCCCCCCGGAGCAUCCCCCCGUCCAGCAGCCUUUCCCCCUCGAAGAAGGAGAAGAGGAGGCGUCGAGCGGGGAGCGUCCAGCCGUGCCCAGCGCGGCCCCCCGCAGCCUCUCCCCUCGAGGAGGGAGAAGGAGAAGAGGAGGAGGAGGACGCCCUCCAGCUUGCCCUGGACCACCUCUCCAUCUUGGCAAGAGAAGAGGAGGAGAUGGGGGGGCUGGAGCUGGAGCCCCCCGGCUAUGGGGCGCUGGCAGGAGGAGGAGGGGGCGGCGGCUUCGCCCUGCUGGAGCCCCUCGAAGGGGGCUCCCCGCGCGGCGAGCUCUUUGCAGCCUUCCCGGGCUCGCUGCUGGGGGGGCCGCCCCCCCACCUCCUCCUGGCCGCCCCCCCGACGCCGCCGCUGGGCACCAUCGGGAGCCGCAAGAGGAGCGUCAACACCACCGAGUGCGUGACCGUGCCCAGCUCCGAGCACGUGGCCGAGAUCGUGGGCAGGCAAGGGUGCAAGAUCAAAGCUUUGAGAGCAAAAACCAACACCUACAUAAAGACACCAGUGAGAGGGGAGGAACCUGUCUUCAUUGUGACCGGCCGAAAAGAGGAUGUGGAAAUGGCCAAGCGAGAGAUCCUCUCGGCCGCCGAGCACUUCUCGAUGAUCCGAGCCACUCGCAACAAAGUCAAUGGGGUGUCAGGGACAGUCUUAGGUCCCCCCAACCUCCCCGGGCAGACGACGAUCCAAGUGCGGGUGCCUUACCGCGUGGUCGGCUUGGUGGUGGGCCCCAAGGGGGCCACCAUCAAGCGGAUCCAGCAGCAGACCCACACAUACAUCGUGACCCCGAGUCGAGAAAAAGAGCCCAUCUUUGAGGUUACCGGCAUGCCCGAGAACGUUGACCGGGCCCGGGAGGAAAUCGAAGCCCACAUCACCAUGAGAACGGGCUCCUUCGUUGACAUCAGCAGCGACAAUGACUUCCACACCAAUGGCACGGACGUCUGCCUGGAUUUGCUGGGUGGCGCUGGCAGUGGUCCCUCCAGCCUGUGGGUCAAAGCCCCCAAUCCUGCCCGGCGAUCUUUGUCCAGCGUGCGGAGUGACAACCUUGGUUCCUUGGGUAACGCUACCUCCGUGACAGAGCCUUAUUUUGGUGGCCCUGCAGCCGACGGGCCCUCCGGCAGCCCCUUUGGCGCCGGCAACAGCUUCUCGUUCGGCGAACCCCCAGCCGCUGUGCUCGGUGCAGACGAUCCUGAUUUCGGGUUCGAUUUCUUGGCCUUGGACAUCACCGCCCCGACCACCAUCUGGUCUCCUUUUGAACCCCCUGGCAACCCGCUCCCAGCCUUCGGCUGCCCUUCCUCCCUGAACGGCAACUCCCAGAGACGCAACAGCAGCCUCAGUAGCACGGCCACACCCCGACACUCUCCGACCCUCCCAGAGACCGGCAUGCCCCUGGAACAUCCUUUGGCCCGGCGCAUUCAGAGCGACCCGGUCAGUACCCUCCCGUGGCUCCCGACCCAGGGCUCUCUUUCCUCGUUCUCCGACAGCACAGGCUACUCGUCCUCCUCCUCCUUACCCAGCAGCGUUUCCGCCGCUUCCGGCUCCCCGACAGAUUCGAGCGGCUCCGACGCGCCUCGGAAGACCUCUCGGGAGUGCAUGGUGUGUUUCGAAAGCGAGGUUAUCGCCGCCUUAGUGCCGUGUGGCCACAACCUCUUCUGCAUGGAAUGCGCCAUGCGUAUCUGUGGCAAACCCGAACCGGAAUGUCCCGCCUGCCACACGCCCGCCACUCAAGCCAUUCACAUUUUUUCGUAGCAGACUUCCUCCCAGGGCCCUCCCCUUCCUUCCUACCAAC